UAGGGUUCACGAGCAUGGCUAACGGCUAGCCUCUUAUUUUUAUAAAGUUAUUCUUCGCUAAUUUAAUCACGUCGUCUUCAGUGAUCAGCUAAACUGCUAGGAUACAUAAUAAUAAAGACGGCCAAACACUUCAUAGGCUGGUUAGAAAAAGCUGUAUGUCAUGUUUGGUCGAUUGAACGUGCCUAGCCACCCACCUGAACAAACAAGCAAGCGCGCUAUCGACGAGGAGCUGAAGAACAAAUACAUGUUCUGCCUUGGGUUAGUUGCAUGUUAGGGAAUGAAGGAUAUGGAGAACCUAACAUGCGGUGACUUCAGGUCAGAUGGAGAAUCAAAUGAGUCUGCUGGGGCCUUUAACUUGUCAAACUUCUGGGAAGUGCUGAAUCAGGCAGUGAAGGCCACCUCACAAGAAGUGACCAAACUUAGUCUAGCCUUUUCCAAACCACCCCUCCCUUCAGAAGAGGACUGUGCAAAGCUAGCAGAGUCCAUUCAGAAGCAUGUACUGGCACUCUCAACAAUUUAUUACUGGUUGCCAAAGAGUGAAGGUAUCACUUUGCGUAAGUUGGUCAGAGAAGCCACUGCUGAAGUUUUGGAUGGUGUAGUUCAGCUGCUGGAUAUCCUCCUGUCUUCGCCUUUACAGAGUUUGUCUCAGGAACAGCUAACAUCUACAGGGGGCGUCUGGGCAUCAUGUGAUCAGUUCGCUCAGCUGCCAAGAGAUAAUCGUGCUGCAGUGUUAAACGUGAUGGCUUCAUACAUUGGGAUGGUGAAAGAUGCUCUGGAGGAGAUGAACCAGGCACUAGCUGAGAGCGAGGACCCUUUCAGCGAUGUCCUGGAUGAUGAUGAGCUUGAGGCCCGUGGCAACCAGGACACAUAUUGGUCUGAGAAUGACCACCAGCUCAUCUCCAAAUGUCUGGGCCUUAUUAAGGCAUCUGGAGCGUGUCUGCGUAAAUUAUCCAUUGCUGUUCAGAAAAACGGAAAAGUAGAUACAGCUGAAAACAUUACUCAACUGGAUGAUCUUGCUGAUUCUGCAAGAGAAAUCAGCCCAAGUGUUGAUGACCUAGUUCUGAGCCUUUACCCACCGGUAAACUGCACUGUUGUAGAUCAAAAUGCAUCUAAACUGGCAGCCAUAUUAAUGAAAACACUUCAGAUCAUCAGGUCAUGUCAUGUUUGUUUAGAAGGAGACUUGUCAUGGGUGCAGUUUCUAGAGGGAGCUGUAGAUCAUAACCUGCAAGAAGUGAAAUCUCUGUCUGAAGGCUCUAGCUAAUAGCGAAAGGGAAAAUCAGACUAUAGAAUACCUUUGUACUUGUGUGUGUGUCUGAGAACAUGAAAUAAGCCUUCUGCAGUGAACAAAUAAAUAUUUUACAACUUUUAUUUUUUAUUUUUAUUUUAUUUUUUUUGCAGCUUGCUCUGCAUGUUUUUUUUUUUUUUAAUUGUAUGACUUUCUUGAUACCUAGGUAUAUUCUAGUAUGAUAUGAACAAACAAAAGAUUUUCCAUCUCCAAGCUCUAGAUGUAAAAGAAAUAAAUGGAAAAUUUCGUAAAUGGAAAAUAAACGUAUUUAAAAGCAGAAACUGCAGGGAGACUAAAAUGAACUUGUUUAUUUGAGCUGCUCAGUCAGUUUGUCCGCUUUGGGCACACAAUUAACAAAAAUGUUACUUAAAAUGAUUUGUAUGCCAAUAAAUUUCCUUGCCGUUGA